ACCCUAAUUCUCUAAAUAUUAUCAACAUUCAGGCGCCGAGAGAGAACAGUGAACGCAGAAAGUGAAGAAUUCAAAGUUCGCUGCUUCUGUUUAAGAGAAUUUUGAUUUUGAUUUUUGUUUUUGUGGUGAAUUUAUUAGGGUUUUAUUGUUAACGAGUAGCUUGAUGGAGAAGGUAACGAGUGGCUUAGAGCUUGUUGAUAUAAGCAAGCGUAACUUCCGCAAAACCCUAGAAUCUCUCCAAGAAGGUGCUCAUUCGCUUCUUCUACUUACAAUUCAAUGGAAAGAGAUCGAAUCGUAUUUCGAUUCCACGAGAAGCGUCCUCGAGGAACGAGCCAAGGAGCUAGAAGCGUUGGAGGAAUCGAUAAAGGUUAAAGCUUUGGAAUUGGAGAAGAAAGAGAAGGAGCUUUGUUUGAUUGAUGAGUCGAUGAAAGCGAAACAGAGCGAGUUUGAGAAGAAGGAGAAGGAUUUUGAUUUGGAACAGAAGGCAGAGGUUGAGAAGAGGAAAAGAGAAGUUGAACAGUUGGAGAAGUUUACGACGAGGAUGGAAUCGGUGGAGAGGGUUUCUGAUGAGAAGUUGAUGGAACUUGGUUUGAGAGCAACAGAGCUUGAAUUGAAGAUGGAAGAAGUAGAGAAGCAUAGAGAACGGAUUGUCGCUGGAGAUAAGUUGAGAGGUGAGUUUGAGCCAUUGGUUUCGUUGUUGGCUAAGAACAUGGGCUUAAGUGUGACAAUGCCUGUAAAGUGUUCGACUUUAUACCUGAACGAGAAUGCAGAUGAGAUGGUUAAGAAAAACACAGCCUUGGCGAGAAUGGUUCCGUAUUUGGAUCCUGCAAAGGUGGUUUUGGAUGCUAUAGAAGGGUCUUUUAAGGAAUACUGGAAGAAAGAUUUAGGAGAAGCUGAUGAUAGAGUAGUUAAUAGUUGGAUUGUUCUGUUAGAGAAUCUGAUAAAGAUGAAUCUGAAAAUCACACCGCAGGUGAAACAGGAAGCGACUCCACUUGGGAUUGCUUGGUUAGGCAAGGCUAAAGCCAAUAUGAAGAAUGACCCCCCGCAGGUUUUUGGUUGUGCGUUGUUUCUGGCUGCUUACGGUUUGGGCUCUCUGACUACUCAUGGGGUGCUCUUAACCCUUGUAGAGCGGUUCCUUUUGUAUGAUCAUGCCCCAAAACUGUUUCGGCUUCUGGGGUUAGAAGAGAAGGUUUCUGGUGCGGUUGAAACGCUAAAGAAAAAGGAAGAGUAUCUUGCAACACUGAAAUUUAUCUGUGAAUUCCGGUUAUACAAGCUUUGUCCAGGAGGAAGACCAGGAGAACUUUUGAUUGAAUUCUUUGAUUCCUCAGAUAAAGCUGCCCGAGUGAUUGCUGGGACUGGAACUUCAAUGGAGGCGCAGAAAGCAAGGAGGGAGAAGAAAAAAGCUGAUGCAGCCAUGGCCAUUAAGUACAUCAAAGAGGCCAAAGCCGAGACUAUGUUUCCUGCUAAAAUUCUUAAAAGGUUGGCUGUAGUGAAGAACGAUGAAUCAGCUCAGAGAGCAAUGGAACCAGUUCAAAAAAGUUAUGAAAAAAGACAGAGUACGACCAAAGGGGUAGAGAAAUCUGAAGCUAAAUCUAGUAUUCCAUAUGAACAGAAGCAUGUAAUCAAACGUCCAAGAUUAACUGAACCAACAGCUCCUUCUCAGAAUUUAACAGUGAAGCAGCCCGAGGUUGUGUGCGUUCCUACUGGGAAGCAAGUUAAAGAAUCCGGCGCAGAUCAUCAGCCAGACACCAUAGCAACUCAUCCAUCAGGUACCGAAACCAAGCUUAACAUUCUCUCUGGUUCCAUUAAGGCGGACAUGUUAAGGGAGCUAGUAGAAAAGCAACCUCUGAAGGAGAGUGAGGAUCUCUCAAAUGCUCUCAAAUGCACACCAGAUCCAGCAAAGCUUUUUCUAGACACAUCCAUGGCUUUGUGUCCUACAAACACCGAAGGAGGAUACGAGUUCAAGAUGCUGAUUACUUCAGCUAGCUGCUCCUUAUUGUUGAAUCAGCUGAAGAAGCUCCUGCCUAAAAUUGGACAUCCUGUGAAAGGCGAUGCGAAGAAACUUGCCGUUUACUGGAAAGAUAAAAUUGCAAAGAGCAAAAGAGAUCAAUUAGAAGUCAUCUGCUUCCUACAGUUUCUUGGUAUCUUUGGAAUUGUGUCAGAGUUCAAGGCUGAUGACCUUCUUGGUCUACUGGAUAAUUCUUAUUGGCAAACUGUGUCUCCUGAUCUUUGCCAGUUUCUCGGGUUGGACGACGCCAUUCCAGGUUUCAUUCAAAAUCUCAUAAAAACUGGACAUCGUAUCAAGGCAAUAGACUACAUAUACUCAUUUGGUAUGGUCCAUAGAUUCCAACCUGUAUCCGCUAUCAUAAACGAUUCCUUGAGGAUUACAAAGGAAUCUGCAGAGAAGUCGUAUAGAGAAGCCAAGAACGAAUCUACAACGCAGGUUGCAGCCAUAGACAGACAGGUUAGAGCACUAAGAGCCGCCAUUAAAUGCAUAUCGUGUCAUAAACUCGAAUCAGAGUUCCAACUCGGAGACCUUGAAGAACAAAUCAAGUCGCUUUUGAAGCUCAGAAGAAACACUUCUAAUGGAUCUGGAUCCGGAUCCGCAUCGUCCAAACCCGAUUCGACAAUCAAACAAUCUCAGACGGCAAAACCACCAACUGUAGCAGAGGUUGCUCCUGUUACUAGCAACAUACCUUUGGAACCUUCAACAGAAGCUGCAUCCUCCUCUGCGAGCAAACCGUUUUCAAAGAAGAAUAAGAGAGGGAAAAAACGCAGCAUGUCAGGAAACAAUCAGAGCUCAGGACACAUUGCUUCGCACACAAGCAAUCACUAUCCCAGCCAUGACUAUUCCCUGAAUCAAAGACUAACGUGGCCGGUCGACAACUACGACAGAGGUUUCACCGGAUUUCCUAACCCCGACUACAAUAAUAACCAAUGGGGACAACCAGAGGGACCUCAAUUUUACCAUCUUUAUCAACCGCUAGAUCCUCGCUACAGGAACUACUAGCCGCUACUUUACUAUUAGGGUUCAUGGAGGAUUAAAGUCUCUUGAUUUUUUUUCUUUUUUUUUGUAGGAUUGCUAGAUUUGAUUCACCUCCGCUAUUUUAGUCAUAAUCAAAUGUCAUGGUUAUAUAGUGUGAAACUAGAUGUGAUAAAAACACAUGUAAAUAGUAACUUUUGUACGUUCAUUUUAAUCUUUUGGGUUUUGUUUUUGUUUG